UGAUUGCAUUGAUGCUUCAUACUGUUCAUCCUCCUCAGCCACUCACGCGGGCGCGUAUGAAGUAGCCUUGACAGCGGUCUUGUCUCUACACACUAGCUGAGACCAUCGCUUGCUCAGUCCAUCUUGUCGGCUGUACAUAGAGGCAUCCUUUCGAUUACCAUCUUGGUCGAAAGAAGCAAAGGUAGGAAGAAGCGAGUCCCAAUCUGCGCCUUCCGCCUCCUUCCCUUUGCCCAAACACGUUGUCUUGCAGGGAGCAGGAGGUCUAUCUUGCUCAAGAUCACACAAGGAGAUCGGGAAACCGGGCGGGGGAAAGGCGAUUGAUUGAGGAGCAAAGAUGGGACGAUCACAUCCUCCCAAAACUAUUCAAGUCAUCUUACCUCCAACGACCUCUACGACUAGUACGACCACCGCUUCGUCUUCGAAAACAACUCUCUCUGCUUCGACCAGAACCGAUCAUCCUUCACUUCAAGUCUUGAUACUUGCUCAGGAGAUUGCGAGGGAAAGAGGACAACAUUUCGAUCUUGGAUCCUUUCUCACGCCAUCUCAGAGGAAAGAAUAUCAUCGAUUAGUCCAUGGGGUUGAAGGGGAGGAUGCGCUUGAGGCUCCAAACUCGCCAGUAAAUGGACAAGGAGGUGGUGGUGAAGGACAGGUGGAUGGAGACGUGACCUUGGAAGAAGAUACAGAUCAAAGUACCAGGAAGACCGCCUUCGAUCACGUUGGAGAAGUGACAGGUCCAUCUCAAAAUUCCACUCCUCUCCCAACGUCCGGUACACCUGCACCUGAACCGUCCCAACCUAUGGCUGCUGUCGAUGCACCACCAACGCCUACCUCCACGGCUCUUACCGAGACUAUCGCUGCGAAACGAGCACGCAUCCAGGGCAUGAAUAUUCACUGGACUCAACGACGGAAAAAGUUGCAAGAACUCGCCAAGCUAGAAUCUGAAGGAAUUACAGAGCUCCCAUUAUCGCCUCAGGAGAAGCCUCCACCCUUACCUGAGAUCGGUCUCGCUUCUUCUUUCGCCGUGCCAUCGGGAAAAGGUAAAGAGGUGGAUAAGGGAUCCAUCCAAGCUAGCGUGUCUUAUUGGAAUCAUCUGCUGACUGUUGCACGGAAGGAGCGAGGGCCACAAUGGGACUACAACACUCAGUCAUAUCACGUCGAUCGCUCUUCGUCCGACUACUACACGCACAUGAACAAAGCUCCCGCAAUCUCAGAGCCUGUCCAGACCUCCGAGCCGAACAAGGGAGAGCCAUCCAACAGCCGGCAGAACCCGAUGACCAACGGGUACCAUGAUCAAGCUGUCAAGAUGGAAGGCGAUCUCGCGAAGAGGAUGUACGAGCAACGGAGAUCCAAUUCGAUAUCGCAGCAACCUCCGCCCACUCAAGCCUAUCCAUCUGAUGCCGCUCAUCCUCCUCGAUCGCAAGCCUUCCCCGCUGCUUCGCCGUCCACAACUCACACUCCUCAUCUUCCACCGCAAUAUCAACCAUCUCCAGUCCGACCUCCUGCUCCUAACCCUCCGCAAACACCUCAUCACGCUCAAUCUGGCGGUCUGAAUCCGGCCAACCUGAAUCUUCCACCAGAUUACCAAAGACGUAUAUCUCAACAGUCAAAUUCUACACCACAACCGCAGACAGCUGUGCCUCAAUCACACCCCAUCAACCCCUCGCAGAUGCAAUUCACGCCUCAGCAACUCGCUCAGAUUGCCCAAAUGAGUGCGGCGGGAGGACCAGGAGGUAUGAACUUGAACCCUGCCCUGCUCCAACAGCUUCAGGCGCAAGCACACAUGCAGAGUCAGGGAAGCCAGAACCAAAGCCAAGGAGGGAUCAAUCUAGCUCAGAUGCAACAACAGCUGGCGCGCGCCAAUCAGAUGGCUCAGCAACCUGGCACAGGGCAAAAUGGAUAUCCACAACCUCAACAGGGACAACCACAGCCAUCUCAAUCACAAGGCCAGCCAAAUCCAAUGUUACAGCUCCAGCAAUUACAACUUGCCCAACUCGCUGCUGCUCAGAAUCAGGGUCAGAAUCACCAAGGCGGGAACAUGACAAUUGGUCAGAACGCUCAAGCUAUGCGGGGUGUCAAUCCUGCCAUGUUGGCCAAUCGCGCAAACAUGCAAAAUGCGGCUCAGAGUCAGGCUCGAAAUGGUGGUGGUAUCAACCCGGCUCAAAUGGGUGGAAUGGGACAGUUCGCCUAUGGUCAAGGACAACCUGGCAUCGGAAUGAAUGGUAUCAAAGGGAACGAUGGACUUGCGAAUGGGGCCACAGGCCAGAAUGUCAUGUUGGGCGGUGGAGGCAACAACUGGCAGGAUUUGAAUACGUAGGAGCAGGCGUGGUACUGGCCAUGCAACAAAGUAUCUUGGGUCAGGCAGUGCUGGUCGGUUUUGAAGGGACAGAGCCGACGGUCAAUCUCGCUAGGACCCUUCGAGCAUACAGUCCAGGCAAGAAAGCAAAUUCGGAGACUUGUCUUCGUUAUUGAUGAUUAAAGGAUCCCAAACUGUAAUGUGUUUCAUGACCGGAAAGGAGAUCUUUUCAACUUCUCCCCUCAUACUCGUAGGUCGGAGGUCAAUGCUGGGACAAAGGGUACUGAGAGUAUAAAAAGCACAGAAAAGAGACUUGCCCUACUCCCCUUCCGUCCCCUCUCUCACAGCAUUGAGCGAAAGCACUUCUGAACGUGAAAUCUGACGAAUUUCCGCCCGAGCAACGAUGGCU